GGGGAGAAGGGGGCUGAGCCGCUGCCGCCGUCGCCGCUGUCGCCGCAGUCGCGGUGGGUGUUUGUGUUUGGGGCCGGGCAGCUUAGACCUCAGUCGGAUUAUGUCCGUGUGAGGAUCCCCCGGCACCCCUCGGCCAUCCGGAGCCUCCGCCAGCUCUCCCUCCACCCCUGGCGCCAUGGGGUCCAUCCUGAGCCGCCGGAUCGCCGGGGUGGAGGACAUCGACAUCCAGGCGAACUCGGCCUAUCGGUACCCUCCCAAGUCCGGAAACUACUUUGCCACACACUUUUUCAUGGGAGGUGAGAAAUUCGACACCCCCCACCCUGAGGGUUACCUCUUUGGAGAGAACAUGGAUCUGAACUUCCUGGGCAACAGACCAGUGCAGUUUCCCUAUGUCACUCCUGCUCCCCACGAACCUGUGAAGACCCUAAGAAGCUUGGUGAAUAUUCGAAAAGACUCCUUGCGGCUUGUGAGGUAUAAAGAUGAUGCUGACAGCCCAACAGAAGAGAAUGAGAAGCCAAGAGUCAUGUAUAGCCUGGAGUUCACUUUUGAUGCUGAUGCUCGAGUGGCUAUCACAAUAUAUUGCCAAGCAAUGGAGGAGUUCACGAAUGGGAUGGCAGUAUACAGCACAAAGAAUCCUUCUAUGCAGUCCGAGACGGUCCAUUAUAAGAGGGGGGUGAGCCAGCAAUUCUCCCUUCCUUCCUUCAAGAUUGAUUUCUCAGAAUGGAAAGAUGAUGAGUUGAACUUUGAUCUGGACCGUGGUAUAUUCCCAGUAGUGAUCCAAGCUGUUGUAGAUGAAGGAGAUGUUGUGGAAGUGACUGGUCAUGCCCAUGUGCUAUUAGCUGCUUUUGAGAAGCACGUUGACGGCAGCUUCUCUGUGAAGCCUUUAAAACAGAAGCAGAUUGUGGAUCGAGUCAGCUACCUCCUCCAGGAAAUCUACGGUAUUGAAAACAAAAACAACCAGGAAACCAAGCCCUCUGAUGAUGAGAACAGUGACAACAGCAACGAAUGUGUUGUGUGCCUAUCUGACCUGCGAGACACUCUGAUCCUUCCGUGUCGACACCUUUGCCUUUGUAACUCAUGUGCUGAUACCCUGCGCUAUCAAGCAAAUAACUGCCCCAUCUGCAGGCUCCCUUUCCGGGCCCUCCUACAGAUCCGGGCAGUGAGGAAGAAGCCAGGAGCGCUGUCCCCUGUCUCAUUCAGUCCUGUUUUAGCACAGAGCAUGGACCACGAUGAACACUCUUGUCCCUUUAAAAAAUCAAAGUCGAACCCUGUCUCAUUGGCCAGCAAGAAACCUAAAAGGGAAACAAACUCGGACAACAUCCCACCUGGAUAUGAACCCAUCUCCUUGCUGGAAGCUCUGAAUGGCCUUCGCUCUGUCUCUCCAGCUAUUCCUUCAGCUCCUCUUUAUGAAGAAAUCACUUAUUCGGGGGUUUCUGAUGGGCUCUCUCAAGCUGGUUGUCCUCUUGCUGGGCUUGACAGAGCCUUGGAGGGCGGCCUUCAAAAGAGCAAGCCAAACAAGUCUCCAGACAGCACAUUACAUUCCCCAUCAUCUCCUAUCCAUGAAGAAGAUGAAGAGAAACUGUCUGAAGAUUCUGACUCGCCUCCCCCACUGAGUGGUGCUGAGCUUGUCCUUCGGGAGAGCAGCUCACCAGAGAGUUUCAUAACUGAGGAAAAUGAAGAGGUACCAUCUCUAAAGCAAGAGAGCCAAGCCCCAUCCAUAGAGGACGUCUUACAGGACAGCAGCACCGAGCACAGAAGCCUUAAUCAACCUGGGAUUGACCCUCCAGCGGACAUAUACUUACCAGCACUGGGUCCUGAUUCCUGCUCUAUUGGUAUAGAGGAAUAAGAUGGAAGUUCAGCCUCGAUGGAGACUCCCCAAAGCCACAGUGUGAAUGGUUCUACUCGGCCUCCAGUCUGUGACCCCAACCCUGAAUAUCGGGAGGCUGAAAUGACUGCUCUCUAAGAUUUCAGCCAGGGAGUGGUUUGGAGCCUUCAGCUCAUUAGGCCUUUGUGAAGGGGCCUUUCGAACUGGACACCAAAAUACACGCACAGACUCUCCUCUCUCUCCAUCCUCUGUGGGAAUAAUAGGCUCUGAGAUGCCACACAGACUUUGACCAAAAGAGCACAGCUAACCUUACACUCUGAUUACUUCCCUUUUUGUAUGUAAAUUUAUUUGUAAAUGGUACAAGAUGAAGGACAGCAGCUUUUAUCAGUGGAGCCACUGAGGGCUUUUUUCCUGCAAUACCCCAUUGGUUGGGGCAGGCAGGACUCAGGAGGUAGUUCCUUCUCCCAGAGCAGAAGUAACUGCUUAUAAGGCCAGCCUGGAGUUGGCACAGUUUGCAUUUUUAAAGCCUGGCAUAUUUCUGAAACUUGGGGAUCAGGGCUGCUCAGCUCCCUAAGGUGGCAUUUAUGUCCACAGGAGAGAUUUUAGGGAGCCGGUGAGACAUUUUCCCCAAAGGUGGUUUUGAGGGGGGUUUUUAACUUUGGUGGGGUUUUUUUGUGUGUUGGGGGGGGGGACCUUGCAAGAGAAGGAGGGGAAUCAAAUCAAAGUCUAUGAAGGAAAAUAUAGUGUAUAUUUUGUAACUCAAAGUGGCUCAUAGUAGCCUUUUGCUGUUGCUGGUGUUUGCAUCGUCAACAUGCUUGUCACAAGCAUGAUCCUCUUACGGCAGCGCCUGUCCAUGUGGUGUCUUCUCGUUCAUGCCUCUUUAUCAUGUGACUGCUCUCUUUGCUUUUUAUUUCAGCUGUUGGCCAUUUGGGUUUAAGGCAAUUAGUCCUGUCCUCCAAGGGGACUCUAGGAUCAUUUAUUUCUUCACCAAGACUUUUCAGGGUGAGAGUUGUAGGGCAUGGCUUUCCAGAAGCAAAAGAGACUCUGCCAGGUCUUAAUGACCUCCAAGCCCCAAGGGACGCCUGAGUCAAAGAGCGUCCUCUUCUCUGGGAAGGUAGUUCAGACUACAUGAAUCUGAGUUGAGAUGAAGCAGGAAGGUCUGGAAGUUGUUACCUUCAUUUGGUUUGGCCUCCCUUGCAAGUGCCCUGGCAAGGGAUCCUUGGGUUUGAGAUUGUGGAUUUUGGUUGGGAUUCAGAAGCACAGAAAAAAAAGAUUUGGGUUUUAAACAGAGUCAGCACUUUGCCUACCAUAUGCACCUUCUGCCGGUUAGGUGCCUUUCUCUGAGUGCUGAGCCUCACAGAAGUUGCCAGAGUGUCUGUCAUACAGGGGAUUUAAGAACUCCUUUGAAAUCAGCAGCUGCCAAACUGGCACGGCCAGUCCUGAAACAGGCUGUCUUUCCCGUGGAGAGGCACCUGAUAUACUUCCUGCCCUUAUAAUCUAGUAUCUCCCUCCUGGUUUGUAGUGGGGGGAGUCUGUUUGAGAGAUAAAGGAGGCCCCCUGCCCCAUAAUUAACACAGUCUGCCUAGGAUUUCAGUAUCCUCAUGAUCUUGCCCUUCUAGAUGGUAUGCAAGAUGGAUUGCUUCCAAGAUAACCUUUUCUGCAUUAUCAUUUAAAAGGAAAUGUCUUGGCAGAAAGGGAAAAUUCUACAAACCCUGGUACUCACUGUGAGGUCCAUACACCAGCUAUUACUUUCUGCAGAAGAAGGGCUUUCUUUGAGAUACAGCUUGUAUAUGCUUCAGUUGAUCUAGCCAUGAUAUCUAUUAAAUGAUCCCAGUACUGUCUGUUCUUAGUUUUCAAUUGAUUUAGCUCAACAGCAGCCAAACAGGAAUUCAGUGAAUGCCUCCAGCAAAAACAUUGACCUCAGCAGGUAGAUAUUUUUACCCAUGGGCAGAUUUGAUUCUGUUUUAGUAAAAUGGGAGACUUAGGGGGCAGCUAGGUGGUGCAGUAGAUAAAGCACCGGCUCUGGAUUCAGGAGGACCUGAGUUCAAAUUCGGCCUCAGACACUUGACACUUAUUAGCUGUGUGACCUUGGGCAAGUCACUUAACCCUCAUUGCCCUGCCCUCCCCCCCCCCAUGGGAGACUUAACCUAAAUGGGUUGGAAUGAGUGAAUUCUGUUGUAUAAUAUAUAAUAAAUUUUGCUCACCAAUCCCCAGUCCUGGACCCUCAGGAUUUGGAGUCUUUAGGUAAAUGGCUUUUUCAAAACUAGAUUGGACUUAGCAGAGACAGCUUAGGAAGAGACCAAGCCCCAUGAAUGGGACCUUUUUUUUGACCUUACAUCAAAGAAUGUCUGGCAUUUCUUGCCAGAAGUUGGACCCCCUCCAACAAGUUCUCUCGAGCAUUCGUUUGGAACUUAAUAGGGAACCUGAGGCACAAGCCAUAUGCCACAAAUUGAAGUAACAUUCCAAGGUCACUUUCCUCAAUGAGGCUUUUUCAGAAGGUCAUUAAGUAUUCAUGCCGAAAUUGACACAAAGACCCUGCCUGCAAUAUGAAGACUCUUGGGGGGGGGGGGAGGGUAGGCAUUCCUCACAAACUAAGCCUAUCUAAAGGCAGUGGGGCCAAGGAGAUGGAGAAAGGCCCAGUCUUCCUUUUUAAGCUGCAGUCACCAGAAACCUACAGAAUUGCCCCAUAGUUAUUGCUACGGGGUAAAACAGACAACAGUUACGUUCAGUUUACACAAGUAUGUUUAGUUUAAACUGCAGGUACAGAUUUCCAGAUGAGAAGACAGGCUCCUCAGAGUCCAGGUAUUGGAGAGUCGGAAUAACUGGCUCUUAGAGGUGGCCUUCUAGCAGCCUGUUUGUGUGUGUGUGUGUGUGUGUGUGUGUGUGUGUUGUCAUUGAGCAGGCAAUAUUUUUUUCUCUAUCUUCAUCGAUGCAUAUAGUUUUGUCCAGAGACCUUGUAUCGGGUGCCUUGUUUUUGCACAGUGGGACAGACUGGAGUAGAGUUGUAUACUGAAGACACUAACUUUUUUUUUAAACUCUCCUGUAAUUGCCACUUGUGGAUUUUGCUGUGUGACUUCUACUCAUGGCUCUUUCCUGUUUCUGGAGACAGACUACUUUGUGCACAUAGCUUUUCCCCACAGCACCCCAGGGUUUUCCCUAGUCCCAAUCUUCCUGUCCUGGCUGCCCAUAGACACAGUCUGGCUUUCUCCUUCCUGCACGCUGCUUCCCUUUUCCCAUCAUGACCUGCCUCUUCAGUUUUGGUGCCAGUACUUUGUUUAAACGAUGGAGCGCAGAUUUGCUCAUCCUGGAAACGUGCUAUUAUUUGAUGUAGUCUGAUUGGUUAGUUUUUUUGUUUAUAUUUAUAGUAAUAAAUUCAUGCAGCAAUA